UGAUCAGAGAUCAGAGACUAGAAACACACGUUCUACUGAGUAUUCGAGAACGAUCGUCAGUAAAACUUUAUUUACACUGUGAUGGUUAACGUUAAACUGUGGGGGGGGGGGGGUCAGUACGGAUCCACUAUGGUCCAUUACUUCACUACAAAUCACAUAAAAAGGUCACAGUUUGACUCAAAUCUGCAGCUCUGAAUUAACUUAUGUCUUUUUUUCUUCCAGACUCCAUCAGGACGACCGAAAACCAACGAACCCACCCCCAUACGGCCCCGCCUUCUGAGGUCGACCCCUCCCACCCCCACACGGCCCCGCCCAGCUCCGACUCCUCAGACGUCUCUGCGGCCGACAGCGGCGACGACUCGUCCGGCCUCCAAGAAACUCUCGCGACAGACGGAGGACGACGGAGGCGGACGGCGGCUCACUGCUGUCGUAUCUGCGGUAAAACCUUCCGUCACAAAGGGAAUCUUGUGAAACAUGCGGAAACACACUCGGACGGCCCGACGUGUGGAGUCUGUGGAGACCACGUUGAGUCCUCGGACGGUUUGUUGGACCACCUUAGAUCUCACAGAGAACCUGGCGGAUCGUGUGAAAUCUGUGGGAAGAUAUUUCAGAACGUGGAGACGCACCUGAGGAGUCACACGGGGGUCAAACCGUUCGGCUGCGACGUCUGCGGCAAGAGCUUCCCCCGACCCGGAGCGCUGAGGAGACACAAGAAGAUCCACGGCAGGAGGAUGCAUAAUGUCUGUCCCCUCUGUGGACUGACCUUCACCCAGAACCAGCUGCUCCAGGACCACCUGAAGACCCACGAAGAGGACGACGGAGACCGCAGCGAGGAGGUAGACAAAGAGGACGAUCGGUCUGAGACGCCGAAACCAAAGAGAGACAGAAGAUUUGUUUCCUCUUGGCUCUGCUGCAGAGUCUGCAGCGACUCCUUCCACAGCCAAGGGUUCUUGAGGAAACACGCCGAGACUCACUGCAGAGACGCUCGGAGCGUCUGUGGCAUCUGUGGACAGGAGCUGGACUCAGCUGAUGGUCUGCGGACUCACCUGCAGUCCCACCGAGAGACCGGCGGGACCUGCGGCAUCUGUGGUAAGAGUUUCCAGAACAUGGAGACGCACAUGCGAAGCCACACAGGAAUCAAACCGUACCGCUGCAUAGUCUGCGGCAAGCGGUUCCCCCGACCUGGAGCACUGCGGCGCCACAAGAGGAUCCACGGCGGCAAACAGCCACACGUCUGCCGGCACUGUGGAAAGACGUUCGUGGAGAGUGGCGCCCUGAAGAUUCACAGCAGGGGUCACUCACGGGAGACGAACAAGGACGCCGAACCGCCGCCGGACUCUCAGAGCACCGAGAUGGAGACGGGUGUGAGUCUCGAGGAGCUCAUCAAGGAGUUGACGCCAAUGUCCGAUGGCUGUAAAGUCUGUGGAGAGUAUUUUCAAAGUAAAGGUAGUUUGAGGAAACACGCCAAGAGUCACUCGGCAGAGUCUGUCUGCGGCGUCUGCGGUGAAAGUUUACCGCCGUCCGAGACCCUAAUGGACCACCUGCAGACUCACAGAGACGCCGAUAAGAUCUGUUAUGUCUGCGGUAAAGCCUACCAGAACAUCGAGAUGCACAUGCGGAGUCACACCGGCGUCAAACCGUACCGCUGCUCUGUUUGUGGAAAAUCCUUCCCGCGGCCCGGCGCCCUGCGGCGCCACAAGAGGAUCCACAGCGGGGAGCGGCCGUACAUCUGCGAGUUCUGCGGGAAGACGUUCAUCGACAACGGCGCUCUGACGACUCACAUCAGGAACCACACUGGAGAGAGACCAGCGCACCGCGUCUCCUGCGAGACCUGCGGGAAGAGCUUGGCGUCAGUCCACGUCCUGGAGGUCCACAAGAGGAUCCACACCGGAGAAAAGCCGUUCCGGUGCCGCGUCUGCGGGAAGGCCUUCAGACAGGUCGGAGGACUGAACGCCCACCUGCUGACCCACACCGGGGAGAAGCCGUUCAGCUGUAGCUUUUGCAACAAGAGCUUCAGCACCAAAGGGUACCUGGAGAUCCACAUCCGGUUCCACAAGAAGGAGAAACCGUUCAGCUGCCACCUGUGCUGGAAGGCCUUCGUCACCAAGAACGACCUGAAGAAACACCUGCUGACGCACAGCGGAGAGAAACCCUACAGCUGCAGCGUCUGUGGGAGGAGCUACCAGGAGAAACGCUCCAGAGACGUGCACCUGAAGGUGCACACCGAGGUCCACACCAAGGUCCACACCGAGGUCCACUUGGACACCAAAGAACCAAUCAGGAGGCAGGACGGCCUGCAACCAGACUUCAUCCAGCUGUAGAGUUCACACAGACUGGUUUUAUGUUCUGUCGGACUGGGACGACUAAACUUCACAAAGAUGUCAGCUUUCAUUUUUCAAAAUAAAAUAAAAAUAGAAACACACUGUCAGAUGUUUUUUUUUCAAGAGUCAUACAAGAAGCAUUAACUCUUUCAGGAGCUCAAAAACAGCAUCAUGUUUUGUGGCGUUUUUGCUUUAAAUUUUUUGAUUUUCUAUUGAUCAGCUGAUUGAUUACUGACAUUUUUGAAGAGGUGACACGUGUGAGGAUGUUUGAAAUCAAACACGUAUUUUAUUUAACAAACAAAAGUCAGAG